CUUCUCUCCGGAGCCAGUCUCGGUUAAGAACGACGCGGAGAGUUGGCGGCGAAGCCGUCAGCCGCGGCGCCCACGCACGUGUAAACUUAAGGGCCGUCGUAUAAAAGAAAGACCGCUGCGGAGACCCUCUUUAGUCAGUUCACAGCCAAAUCGCAGCUCGGCUGUAGGACGCGUCAGAAGCGCAGUGACCCGCCUGGCAGCAGUUAUGAAGAUGGUUCAGGCGCUGACGUUGGCCGUGACGCUGGGCGUUGUUCAGAACAGCGUCGGCCAGGGAAGAAAGGCCAACGUGUUGCUCGCAGCGAACAACUGGAAGGGCGAGGCGGUCGUCACGCAGUCCAUACGAGUGGCUGCGGACCCGGAGAAAGAAACGGUCGUCACCAAGCGUUACAAGGAGCCCGCCUCAAGGCGGAGCUUGACGGAAACCGCGCACUUCGUCCAUCCGGAGGCAGUACUACGGCGGCCUGCGGCUUCGGGCGUCACGUACAUCGCAGAACCGACCGGGGCCCAAGCGUUGUCUACGUCUGUGGGAUUCAAGACGGAGCCUUCGGCAGCAGCUACUGGCUAUGGUGGCGGCGGCGGCGGCCAUGGUGGAGGACACGGCUACGGUGGAUACUUCCAGUACGCUCGCGUUCCCGGCUACAACACGUACGAGUUCGGCUACCGCAAGGGCAAUCCGUAUCACUUCCAGGAGCGCCACGAGACGCGCCACGGUCCACACUUCCGCACCAAGCAGCGCUGGGGAGACAAACACGGCGGAUACGGCGAGCACUACUGGGAGUACAACCACGCGCCCAAGUAUCACUGAACGUAUACGGUAGAGGGCGUGAAACGUUGCCUUUUCGCAUUGGGGCAAAUAUUGAUUGCGCUAACCCAUCUGUUUCAAAACAACAUACAUCGGACAUCGCCUCACACAUCUAGAAUAUCGUAUGUAUUAAAUGAAUCUUGCACGUAUACAUUAAAUUCGACAAAUUUUGGGAAUGUCUCAGUGAUUAUACGUUCGCACAUCUACCUGUCCUCGAGUCUAGCAUCAUGCACAUUGUGAAGUUAGGUAUAGACAUCUCGCAGCUGCGUGAGAUGCAAUAAGUUCGAGAUAUAAUACGAUAAGCUUUUGUUGCGUUCCUCUUCAUGAGACAGGGGUAUAGGCACAGCGCUGAUAUUUGGAAACGCUUUGUCGAUAGACACAUCACUUGUUUUGUAUUAUGGUGAUCACAUGAGGAAGUUUUGUUGGCACUCCACAUUUCAAGUGAAGAUGUGUCAUGGUGCCUGACGAAGAUACUGACACUGACAUGCGCCGUGAUUUUUUUCACUCCUGCAGGUGUGAUGAUGAUUAUCAAAACUCGAAAUCUGCGCUGACCAGGAUAUCAUAGCCUGUCGGUGUCACCAAGCUCAUACUUGCUUUGUCUUAGUGAUACUGCCGAGAAAUUCGCGAGAGUAAUUUGCAAUUCUGAGAGCUAAAAACAGAAAGAAGGAUUUUGAUGAAGAAAUGGUAAAGAUUUUAGAGGUAACGUUGAAAUAGUUUUUACACUGUCCUGCUAAGCCGUAAGUGUAUUUUUUUGUGUAGAUGUAAGGGACAAAUUUGAUAUUCAGAGAGCUGUUAUCAUCAAAAUUUCUUUGCCCCCAAGAAAAAUCUGCUUGCCAUUGGCUUUUGUGAACGCUUUUUACCACGGAAAAGCCCCGGAAUAAUCGACUCAUAGGGGAUUAUGUAACUGAUUUGUCGUUAAUUAUUUGGUACUGAACAUGCGACGAUGUUCAAUUCGGGAGAAUGCGGGUGUCAAAAUGAAUGGUGAACUUUCACUGUGGAAACGCGGAUACCAAGCAAUCGAAGGGCUCUGUCAGUACUACCACACCAGCAUCAAGCUGACGGUGUCAUUUUAACGUUUGUAUUAUUUUCUGUUUGAAGUGCCUGCAUCGUCGGUGCGCGCUGUCGUGAAUUGAAGCGAUCAUUUAGAGCCAUCAUUU